UAACUGACACUGACGUAUUUGAGAAGUGACAAUGACAAUUGACAUUAUUGCUUAAACUUAAAGUUGUGUUUGGAGUGUUUAUUUUGUUGAUUUUUAAUUUUUUCGUAAUCAUUUUGUAUAGAUGAUAAUAAGUUAAAAUCAUGGCAUCUUCAAGCAAACUGCCCGGCACCGGCCUGGAAGAUGUCGGGGUGCCCGGGCAAGCGUACCUCCGCGAUGCCCUAACAAGUUGCACCGAUCCGCUAAAAGCUAUAGAAGAGUUUCAAUUGGAAAACGGUAUUUUAUUACCUUCUUUAAGACCUAUGUUACCAUUAUUAGACCUACAUGGGGUGCGUAGACUUGAUUUCCAUACAUCUGUAUUAGAGGAACUACGGGACAAACUUAUUGUGCACAUCAACGAACUCGGCACCAAAGAGAACAAGGAUAAUGACAAGAAACUAAAAGAAUUAUUGAACAAAAGUUUUUCAGUAGUCAGAGUGAAAGCUUUGAGACCAGUCAUUAUGAGUAUCUUGAAAAAUAUACCUCAUAUUGAUGAUAAAUAUCUGAGAGUGUUGGUACGAGAUAGAGAAUUGUAUAAUGACACCGACACUGAAGUGAAGAGGCAGAUCUGGCAGGACAAUCAAUCACUAUUUGGUGAUGAAGUCUCACCACUACUCAGUCAGUAUAUUAGAGAAAAAGAGAAUGUACUUUUUGAUCAUGAAAAUCUAACCAAUUUAUUCUUCUCGCCAUCCCCUAAAGUAAGAAGGCAGGGAGCAGUCGUGCAAAAACUUGCACACAUGAUUGGCAACAGUGUAAAGUUAUAUGACAUGGUGUUGCAAUUCCUCCGUACCCUGUUUCUUCGAACAAGAAAUGUCCAUUACUGUACCUUAAGGGCAGAAUUGCUUAUGGCCUUGCAUGAUCUUGAAAUUCAAGAUAUUAUAUCUGUAGAUCCAUGUCAUAAAUUCACAUGGUGCUUGGAUGCAUGUAUUAGAGAAAGAAAUGUUGACAUAAAAAGAUCUAGAGAACUACAAGGAUUUUUAGACAGUAUAAAGAGGGGACAAGAACAAGUUCUAGGUGACCUAUCAAUGACUCUGUGUGAUCCAUAUGCAAUAAACUUUUUAGCAACUUCAGCAAUCAAAAUAUUGCAACACUUAAUUAAUACUGAAGGACUUCCCAGAGACAACACAAUUCUGAUACUUUUAUUAAGAAUGUUAGCACUGGGUCUGAGUGCUUGGGUGAUGAUUGAUUCCCAAGAGUUCAAAGAGCCAAAGUUAGAUAGCCAAGUGGUCACUAAAUAUCUCCCAGCAUUAAUGUCAUUGAUGGUGGAUGAUCAAGUGAGAGCUCUUCAUAACAAAUUACCACCAGAUGAGAGAGAAUCUGCUAUAACAACGAUUGAGCAUUCAGGGCCACCUCCCGAUGCCUGUGAGGCUUACAUGAGGGAGAGCUCAGUUUGUGGUGUUUUAGCAAUGUAUUACACAUUGCAUGCAGCUAAAUUACGUGACAGAGGAGCUUUACUUCGAAUUCUAAGUAUUUUAGGCAGUUGCAAAGAUGGCAGAGCAUAUGAAGACCCUUUCUUACAUGCCCUAGUAUCACUAUUGGUGCAACUGCCUGAUGAAUUCCAAGGGGAAGAUUUCAGUACAGUAUUAUUUGAUGAGUUUUUCUUUGCUGGCCUUUCUAAAGAUAAUGUAACCAGACAUUUAUUGAAAUUGCUGUGGUACAUACAUUCUAAGUUGCCAGAGACAAGGAUUCAGACUCUAAUGAAAGCUUUACAGCCUGGCACUCAACACAAUGAGUCUGUGCACAAGUUAUAUGAGUCCUUACAGCAAAAAUUGAAUGCUCAAGUAGAGCCAGUGCCCAGCACUAGUGAAAUGGAAUAUCUGGACUCGCCACUCAUGAGUGUACCCACACCUGCGCCUUAUCAUAUGUAAUACUAUAUUAUAAUGUUAUUUUAAAUAAAGAUCUUUAAAAUUAA